AUGCGGUGGGAUGCCCUGCUCCCUCGGUUGCGUCACGAACUUGUGUUCCGCCACCCGCCAGACGCGGUUGUGCUCCACCUCGGCGAAAAUGACUUGGUCGUGCGUAAAAGCAUAAUUCUGAUCAAAACAGCAAUCGCAGACCUGGAAAGCGUACACGCCACUCACCCCAGUAUCACGAUUUUCUGGUCCGAACUUCUGCCACGCUUGCAUUGGCGGGGCAACAUCAAAUCCACUAGACUGAAUUACACUGUGGAAAAAAUCAAUAGGGCAGUGCGCUCUGCAACCACUCGCAUGGGAGGUCGGGUCGUGAAACACCCCAACAUUAAAGUUUACAUGCAGGAGUUAUUUCGGCCUGAUGGCGUGCACCUAUCGGACCUUGGUAAUGAGUGUUGGCUGAGCGACAUCAGGCAUGGCCUGAUUGACUGGUUGGAGGAUGGCAAAGGGGCUUUUCAGAUGUAG